AUGAACCUGAGUUUUCGUCUGUAUACGGCCCAUCGUAAAUGGACACCAUUUUGAAAACCUCGUCUAACAUUUGGAGGCAACGCCCACACCACGCUCUGGCACAGGCCCACAGUGCCACACGAGGCUACUGGUUACUAGUAGAGGAGUAGAAGCAAAGCAGCAACGGGACCAUCCGUGUCCGAGGCGUGAAGGGAAUUUGACGAAGCGAGCGCCGAAUCAACCACCCAGUGACAGAAGAACGAUAUCAUGAGGUGUGUCGUCGGCUCACCCAACUCCGAGAUCGGAGGUCCCUCCCGACCCAAAGCCGCAAGCAAACGAAACGCCGAUGCCGUCACGAACAGCAUCGCUCUCGCUUGACGCUUGGGUCGCCCCAGUGGCCCAGUCCCCUCUUCCCUACUUUACUUGCCCGGUUGCCAGAAUCUCAUCAAGUUCCCCGUCCAUCUCCUCCGCGGCUCGCCCUCCUCCGCCCCCGCCUGCUCCCCUCCAUCGCCCCACAAAUCGCUUCUCUUUCCCGAACCUUAUUUAAACCCGGAACGGCAGCGUCCAAAACGAAAAGAUCCUCCUCCUGUCCUGUCCUGCCUCUCAUCGCGCACGGCAGGCUGCACCUGCCGCCGCAUAGUAGCCAGCCAAUCUCGCUUAAACAAAACCCAUCCAAAUUUAAGCAUUCCUAGCCCGAAAAAGGGGGCACAGCCGAAAGUGAAGGAAGGCAGCAGGUGCACCUGCGCCGUCGUCGCAAGUUUCGCUUCGCUUCGCUUCGCUCCGCACACGCGCCUUCCUCGUCGUCAAUCCGUCCGUCCACCCACCCACCCACCUACUUCGCCGAGUGCACGCCCCGGGGCUCCGGCGACGUACGCUGGGGGAGAGGAGAUGAGAUAAAGACGAGGCGCGGGCGGGCAUGAGGUGCAAGAGGCACCCGAACCAGGCCGGCGGCGGCGUGUGCGCCACGUGCCUCCGCGACCGCCUGCUCGCGCUCGAGGCCGCGCAGAGCGGCGACGCGUCCCCGCCGGGGCCCGCGCAGGCGCAGGCGCCCGAGCCCCCGCCGGCGUUCCCGAGGUCGGUAUCGCCGUACGUGUCCCGCAGGAAGUCGGACACGUCGGGCGGCGCGCUCAGGCACCACCCGAGCCUGCUCUUCUUCCGGACGCCGCAGGUAGGCCCCGCCUACGGAGGCGGCGGCGGCGGCGGCGCGCUGGAGGAACCCCACAUAGGCUACGGCUACGGGUACGGGCACGAGAAGCGGCGCGCGGGCAAGUUCUCCGUGCUCGCCACGCUCUUCGGCCGCCACCACCACCACCGUAGACCAGAAGCGAGGCACCAGGAGCGGAAGAAGCAUUCUUGGCUCGCCGGCAUCAUGCCGCGCCGCCGCCGCAGCAAGGGGCAGGUGCCGGCCUCGGCCACCUCGCCACAGUCGGCCCCGCCGAGGCGCUCCUGCCGCGCGGUCAGCAACCGGGGGCUCUCGCCGGAGCGGGACGGCGACGGCGACGACGACGAGAGCAGCUCGCCCGCCGCGUGGCGGCCGUCCCCGUCCCCCAUGCGGCGGACCACCUGCCGGCGCCGCCAGACGAGCGGCAGCAUGCCGUCGGGCUUCGCCGUCUGCCUCAGCCCGCUCGUGCGGCCCAUCCCGGGGCGCCGGCCCGUGCAGCCGCCGGACCCGGGAGCAUUCUCCAGCGAGCUCCGGCCGCCGCCGCCGCCGCCGCUCCACAGCAGCCUCUCGUCCGCCUCCGUCACGCGCUGUCGCUCCAGGAAGCUCGCCGACGGUGGCCGCUUCCGGUGAUCUUCCCCACGGCUUUUCGUUCCAUGGUUAAUAACACCAUCCUAAUCCAGGUUACAAUCUCUUUUUUCUUUUGGAUUUGUUGCAUUUUGUCUAUCCCGUGAGGAAAAGAGUCUGUAAAAGAUUGGCGCACCCAAACCAAGUCCAAACCACCCCGUUGACAUUAUACUGCUGCUGCGUAGGUUGCUUGUUGUCGGCCCAACAUUUUCUGGCAUUGUACUAAUUGACUACACAUGUUUGUACAGCUCUCGAUUUUUUUUCCUUCUCUUCCUUUUUAAAUUUCUGCAAAAAAAAAAACUGUACUAUUGUAACCCAUGAUUCUUUUUUUUUUCAAUGAUGUCCGGAUUUACCAAGAAAGAUUAGGAUUAAUGGUGUCUAGGGUACAGGUUCCACGUACAGAAAUUAAGUGCUGGAGAUGGAGGAUAGAGAGAGAGAGAGAGCAUUCACACUACAGAGACUGGUAGAAAGAUGUUUCAUGAUCGUUUUUUUUUUUUGGUGUGUGUGUGUGUCUGUUUCUGAAUGAAAGAGUGAGUCCUGGACAUAUUCUAUGGCCGAUGGAAAACGAGAGGUGCAUGAGUUUGUACUACUACAAGGGGAGCAUAUUUUGAAUUGAAUUCCGUUUGGUGAGAGGAUUCACGUGGCGGCAGGCAGCACAGCAGCAGCAGCAGCGUAUUGAUGGUGGAUGGAUGGACGCCCAGUCCCUUCAUUACUCUUUUUUGCUGGUACACCACCAAACCAUUCUACUAUUUAAUUAAUGUCGUAUUGGAGCCGCUGCAGUUCAGUUCCACUGGCCAUCUGUACAGGAAACUCGCAAGCUGCAGGAGUACAAUUUUGUCGAAAUACUUACGCCGCCGCUAAUGGCUGACAGCAAUUAGGAGGAGACUGCCGGGCCUCUCUCUUUUUUAGUGACCUCCGGGCUGCAGUCCACGAUGUGAAACAUGUGAUGAUGAUGAUGGGGAUGUUUGUAAUCGUGUGGGUAUCAGCGUGUGUGAUGAGUGAUGACGAUGUGUGAGCGUACACAUUGGUGGCGCCUUGUGCCGUGUCUCUACGUACGCUCUUUAGAUGCCGUUGUCUAAAGCUAAGCUUGCUUGCA